AAUGAAGAUAAUGAUUCAGAGAUUUUUUUUUUAAGGAUAUAAAAUGAUUUUAAAAAAUGGAUAUUCAUGUAAAACCAUAUUCAGACGAAAUUGUGAACUUUUAUUGGAUUCAGGAAAGAUGAAGAUUGUUGAUCAAAAAUAUCUAUGAUCAACUGAUGACGACACGAAGUGAUCUCCAUCAAGGUUGGGUAAAAAGAUGUACCUGUCAUAGAGUGCAAUACGCGCGUGUCAUAUGUAAUUUAAUCGCUCGACUCAUCUUGUCGACACUGGCGUUUUGUAAUGCGAGCUCGAUAAGACUACAUUUACUUGUCCGGAUACUCGAUACUUGAUGCUGGUAGAAACGCGCGGUACGAUAUACCGCAACACACACAACGAUGCACGCGUGCGCACACGUACGCAAUUCAUAUAGGUUCUUGUCAGCGGCUAGCCGGCAGGACAUUCGAUUUCAGUCGAAAGCGAAAACUCGCUUAGCCCGUUUAGUCGUGUUGUCGCGGCACAUCGUUCUAUAGUGUGACAUUCUUGUAAGUGUUUUCUAUUUAUUAAUUGAUUUCAGUUUGUUAUAUUUUAGGCAAUUAGAGUGUUCGAGAUAUUAACGGGGCUUGGUUAAAUGUCGUUCGACUGUUGUAAUAGCGGCGAAGUUGCCGGUGUUACAUUCGUGGACGUCCUUGAAAACGUGUCACGUAUUCUGCGAGCAGUUUACGAUAGUUUCCUUCAUGAUGUUAGACAUUUCACGUACGGGUGCUGUUGGUUGUUUCUCAUCAUUGCUGCUUUCCUAUUAAUGGCUUUACGUAUAAUAGGCCGUAUUCACGUCACGCCGCCUAGAGACAUCAGACUUGAAGAGUAGCGCAAUCUUACGGAGUACGCGAAAGACAAUUUUUGUUUUGCUUUUUAAUCGCCGGUGUAAACAAGAACGAUUUCAGAGUAAUCGAAUAUAACACCAAGUCUCGUGAGUGUGGGGGACAUUCAUGCAAUUUACUUUCGCCAUAUCGCAAUCCUCGACACGAUGUAAACAGUCUGGAUGAAGGAAUGGCGUCAGUCUGAUGGAGUUUUCGUGUUACCUUUUGAUGUUAUCGUAUUUGGUUGAUACGAUUCGAUUUGUUGCGCUCGAUUGGUCGAAAAUCAUACUUUAUUUGGUUAAUAUGUCAGUGUAUAGUGUCGAAUAGUGAGUAACUAUGAUGUGUCGUCUUUUUAUGUUUCUGACACAAACAUCACUCGAGAGAAACAACGGCGUCGCGUGGAGGAAGAAUGAAUGAACGAGAAGAGGACGAUCGAAGUGUGGCGGGAGGGGAUGCGACGACCGUCGUGUUGUGACGGCCUGCUGCCUGCUUGCCGAUUUGUAUCGAGGCGGAGCGUCCGUUCCUCGCUGGAAUCGGGCAAUGUGGUUGACCGUUCGAAUGGAAGCCGUUUGAGCGGUCGAGAGGAUCCUCCCACGAGGAAGAAUCCCGGUUUGAGAGUGAAGAGAGCUGCGAGGAGAGAGAGAGAGAGAGAGAAGACGAGAGGAACACAGGGUAGCGGAUCGGUAAUAAUAAACGAGAUACAAUGGCGGGCGAAGACACGCAAAUCCUUGCGAACGGGAACGUGGAGGCGCUCACGAUAAUUCCACCGAAAAUGGCGAACGGGAACGGGCUGAUCUGCGGGAAGCAGCACAACAACAAUGGAUCGAUACCUAAUGGAAAGUUGCACGAAAUAACAGCGGCGGAAAACGGGAAAUUGAUCAUGUCCGACGAGAAGUCGAGCAGCCUUCACACCGAGUUCGAUGAUGCCGAUGUGUCCUGCGGCUGGGGCCCGUGCAGGCCACACUGGCUUCAAUACUUCGCCACGAAGCAGGCCUUCCUGGUCACCUUCUGCAUCACCUGGGUUCUUCAGGGAAUGUACUACACGUACUUCGUCUCGGUGAUCACGACGAUCGAGAAGUUGUUCCAGAUACAGUCGAAGACCACCGGUAUUAUAAUGUCAGCGACGGAGAUCGGGCAGAUCGGUUCCUCUCUCCUGCUUACGUAUUACGGGGGCCAAGGUCACCGGCCUAAGUGGAUCGCUUGGGGCAUGAUCCUGUUCGCGGUGAGCUCGUUCACCUGCUCGAUGCCCCAUUUCAUCUUCGGUGAACAGCUGAUCCAUCAGAACGAGAUGUUUCUCAGCGGGGUCGAGGGUGGUGACCCGAACAACACCCAUCCCAUUCCUGCCAACCUCUGCAAAUUGCAGGAACGAUCGGAAAAUUCUACGCUCGAAAGCUGGAUCUCGUCCACGACUCAAAUGCACACGAUGAACGAGUGCAAAGGCGACUCGUUGACGGAGCAGAGGAUACAGAGCAAAAUAACCACGGUGGUCCUGGCGAUAUUUUUCGUCUCCUUGUUGGGCGUUGGAAUGGGUCAGACGGCGGUCUACACCCUCGGUAUCCCUUACAUCGAUGACAAUGUGGCCAGCAGAGAAAGCCCGCUCUAUUUCGGUUUGGUGCUGAUAGCCGCCAUGCUGAUGUUGGUAAGCAUAGGAAUGUUCGCGUUCCCGACGCGGUUGCCCGCGAGCAGGACACCGCCGAAACGGGCCGACGCGAAAAAGCCUAGUCUCCGAGACUUCCCUAAAGCGGUGAAGAGGCUGUUGAAGAACGACAUUCUUAUGUUCCGGACGGCCAGCAGCGUGCUGCACAUCCUACCGAUCGCCGGCCUCUACACCUUCCUGCCAAAGUACCUCGAGAGCCAAUUUCGCUUGCCAGCUCAUCAUGCGAACAUGAUCUCAGGUGUCGGUGGUAUUUUAGUAAUGGGUUUGGGUAUUAUAAUUAGCGGAGUGUUUAUCCUGAGGGCAAAGCCUAACGCCAGGUUCGUCGCAGCCUGGAUCGCCUUCACAGCUGUAAUAUACGCGAUCGGCAUGGGUGUGCUGAUGUUCAUCGGUUGCCCUAUGGACGAUUUCGCCGGUCUAGUUUCCCAUUCUGACGGAUUGUCCAGCUUCGAGCCGACCUGCGAGGCUACCUGCGACUGCGUUCGGAACAAGUUCAGUCCGAUUUGCGGUGCCGAUGGUAAAACUUAUUUUUCCGCGUGUCACGCGGGCUGCUCCAAUUACACGAUCGUCGAUGGCAAAGUUGCAUCGUUUUACAACUGCCAGUGUAUCGGGUCGAAUCUGACAACACCGGAAACGGCGAGCACCGCGACGAUCGGUUACUGCGAGCUCGAGUGCAGUAACUUUUGGGUUUAUAUGGUCCUGUUCUCGGUGUUCGUUUUCAUACACUCGACCAGCGAGGUGGGCUCCAUGCUGUUGAUCCUCAGGUGCGUGGAUCCACGGGACAAGGCGAUGGCUUUGGGCCUCAUACAAUUCGCCAUCGGCCUCUUCGGUAACGUCCCGUGUCCAAUCGUUUAUGGUGCUGUGGUGGACUCCGCUUGUCUCGUAUGGGAAUACGCUUGCGGCGAGCGAGGUGCCUGCUGGCUUUACGACUCGAAUGUCUUUAGAAUGUUCUAUCAUGGUACCACGGGUGGAAUCUUGAUUCUCGCUUUCGUGGUGGACAUAGUGGUGUGGUACAAGGCCGGAAGCAUCAGCUUCGUGGAGGAGCAGGAAGCGGAAGAGGGCACGGUUGAGGAGAUGGCCACCCUGAAGUCGCAGGAUGCGCAGGCGGUGGACAACGACUAUUUGUGAAAGGGUCCCGGCCGACUUCGAUGGUAUCUCAUGAAGCGCAGGCCUGAAUAUAGCGUCGUAAAAAGCGGGACAAAGCGUAACGAGGCGUUCCUAACUGACGAGAACUCGGUGCCAGUAGCUUGAGACCGGUCGGUCGACGGUCGAUCUUCGCGUGUCCACGUUUUUGGGGGAGGAGAAGGUUCCUUUCUUUUUUUUUUUUUUAUGGAAAUCCACCAACCAAAAAGGGGAAAAUCCCCCCGGUUGUCCCUUUAGCGAGGAGGAGCGAGAAGGGAAUAAGCGAGAAUCGAAGAUCGAGUCAAGUCUCUUCGACGACGCACUGGUGCUCGCGUCGAUCGCCCACGAAAGACGAGUCCAGGACGAUCGGGACGAUGACGGAUUGUUGGAGGAGGCGGCGCCAAGUCCUUCGUGGAAACGUUUCGUAAUUUCCACGGAAAGGCUGUGCCGCGAUUUCGAAUCGUAUUGUACGGGGAAGAAAAAGAAGAAGAGAUAUAACGUUAAGGCGAACGGAUCGAUAAUCAACGAUUUUGAUUUUUCUUUGAGCGAUACACGGUAUAUAUAUAUAUAUAUAUUGGAGAUGCGAAUGACGGAGAAGAUGUCUUCCUGACGGAGAUUGGCAUCGAGGAGCAACGAUUUGAAAUGUAAGAGAAACGAAGUACACGGCGAGGAAAGUGGAAGGAGGAAGUAUGGUGACGCGAGGUGGUACGACACGAUUUUCGUGCGGGAAAAGAAGGGGGAGGAAAAAUUGGAAAACGAUGAUCGACACGGAAAUGCGAAACGCACCAGCGUAUAUUCUCUCGGCACGCGAGAUUCUCGGAUCUUGGGCGAGCUUCUCUUAGGCACUACCGUCCGUGUUUCAUUCUGCAUAUACACCUAGGCGUAGGCAACCUGUACAAGCGAUUUACAGAUGUGUGCAUGCGUGUCGGUAAUAAUUCGUUUUGUUGUUCGCAAAAA